AUCUGCGCAUGUGCCAGAGCCCCUCCAUAAGAGGAGGAGAGAGACAGACAUUGGCAAAUCUUUUCUGCUUCACUGAACUAUCCGUCUGCUCCACGCCUGGCAAACGUUACUCAGCCUGAAGGCCCUAAGGAGUUUUGCCCCUCUGUGACAAAUCCCCCGACUGGACAUUUGGCUGCAUCACAGACCCCAGCGCCGACCUACUGCUUCCCCAUCGCCAUGGAGGCUUCUCCUGCCGUCUGCAUCCUCGCUGCUCUCCUGGCUACGGGGGCCUGUCUGCAGUGUGAGGUUUGCAGUGGAACAGGAACCAGCUGCGUGGGUGACUCAGAUACCUGCCAAAACAUGGAAGACUCUUGUGGCAUCACUCUGACAGAAGACACAGUGGCGGGCGUGAAGACCCAGACCGUUCUCAAGAGCUGUUUGUCAUCCAGCCAAUGUAAAGCUGGAGCCAUCUCUAUGAAUUUUGGGACAGCAAAGGCCAGAAGGAUGAGCAUUGCCUGCUGCCAGACAGACAACUGCACACCGGACCCUGUUAAAGUGCCCUCGGCUGACACCAAACCCAACGGCCGGCGCUGCCGCAGCUGCUACGCGUUGAACGCUGAUCAUUGCAAUGAGCAAACCGUACAUUGUACUGGAUCCGAGACCCAGUGUUUGGACGUCGCCGGGCCCCUAAAAUCUGGUGGAAGUACCACUAAGAUCAUCAUGAAGGGCUGUGUUACCGAGUCCGUCUGUGCCCAGGUACAUGUGGGUUCUGGGACCUUCCUGGGGAUCAGUGGAGAUCUACCCAAGCACAGAUGCGCACCAGCCACCAGCGCAGCCGGCACAGCCCUGGGACCCGCCGGGCUCCUCCUUCCCGCCCUCACUGGGCUCCUCCUGCUGAAAUUUUUCUCCUGAUUCUCCACUUAGUGCAAUGGCCACGCCGCACUCAGUAACACCCCGGCCUCCUGUGUUAGGCCCUCUCGGCAGCCGCUCUCCCCUCCCAGGGGCCCUGGGCUCCCGGCCAGAUUCGCUUCCCCUUUAUAUUGUUCCGCUUAAUAAAACUAAC